GUUUUGGAAGGGCCUGGCCGAGAGAGAGAGAGAGAGAGAGAGAGAGGGAGAGGAUGCGGAGCGAGGAGGCGAGAAAGAUUCUGGGGUUCUCGCCAGACUCGUGCCCCACCCGCUCUGAGAUUAAGGCAGCAUAUAGAAGGAAAGCAUUUGAGUCUCAUCCUGACCUAUUUCCAGCACAUGAAAAAUCCCAAGCUGAAUCAAACUUUAAGCUGAUUGCAGAAGCUUAUUCAUCUCUGGGGUCAGGCGCAAGAUCAAGGAGUCCAUAUGGAGCUACGACUGUGCGAGUUGUGAGGACUGGCGUUCCCAUGGGGUAUGGAAAGGGCAAUCGAGCUCUGAUAACCAUCCCUUUUCUCCUCCUGAUUGCAGGAACUGUAUCCUUUGCCGGCUUAAAUGCAGCGAGGGCAUAUAAAAGGCAAGAGAAGAUGUGUCCCUCUUACAACCCAUUUCUUCCAUAGACCACUUCACCGGACAAUUGGUAACAAAAUGUAUAAUUGUUUGUGUACAUACUGCACAUAUAUAACAUUUAAAAGUCAGGUUUAGGGUCAUCGAGCUUCAUCAAACAGGUCGGGUGUUUUGGAUGAGAUCUUGCAGACACAGAGUGAUAGUGCAAUAAAAUGAUGGAACACAGAUUUUUCAUCAGUUAUAUGUGUCAUAUGAAAAAAAAAAAGCUGCACAUUACAAUCCUGUCUCAAAUUAAGCCACAGAUGGAAAAGGAGACAUUAAUUGGAAGAAUGGAAAUAUUUCCUAUGUUGUAGUUACACCAAUAUUAAAAUAUUGUAUUAAACAAUGUACAAACUUUCAAAGUGAUGAUUAUCUUCUGACACUAGUGUUUGAAAUA